UCGGGUUCUCUGAAACAGGUCCACACACUCGGGUCACUGAUACACGCAGAGUGGACGCAAUGGCUCGGUACACGCGCGUGAGGGGAUCAAUAGCAUUAAUCACCCUGACUAACCCACCUGUGAACGCGCUCAGUGCUGCAGUACGGAGAGGAAUCGUGGAGUCGGUGAGCUGUGCACUGCAGGAUGAGCAGGUGAAGGCGGUGGUGUUGUGUGGAGAGAAUGGGAAGUUCUGUGGAGGAGCAGAUAUCAGGGAGUUUUCAGGCUUCAUGUCUGGUCCCCCUCUGGUUCCAAUGAUCCAGUCUAUGGAGGAUGGAGAAAAGCCGAUGGUGGCGGCCAUAGAGGGUGUGGCUUUGGGUGGAGGACUGGAGCUAGCGCUCGGCUGUCACUACCGCGUCGCUGAUGCUAAAGCACGUUUGGGUCUCCCGGAAGUGACCCUCGGGUUACUUCCUGCUGCUGGAGGAACUCAGCGUCUUCCUCGACUCAUUGGCCUACCUGCAGCCCUGGAGCUAAUCACCACCGGUCGCCAUGUUUCAGCUGAAGAAGCUCUGCACCUGGGUAUGGUGGAUCAGGUUACCAAGGGGAACACUGUUCAGGCUGCCAUGGAGUUUGCUCUCAGUGUCGUAGGUCAGCCGUUGGACCCACGCAGGUUGAGUCUGCGAGCCCCCGUGUGGCCGGCGGAUGUAGACGGUGUGUGUGACGCGGCGUUGGCGCAGGUGAAGCAGCGUUCUCGUGGAGCGAUGGCGCCGGUGGCAUGCGUUCAGGCUGUCAGAGCAGCGGCCAUGUUACCCUACGCUAAAGGAAUGGAGAGAGAGCAGCUGAUGGACACGCUGUUUACAUCCGCUCAGGCUCGAGCCUUGCAGUACGCUUUCUUUGCUCAGAGGGAUUGUGGGAAAUGGAGUCUUCCUAAUGGGGCACAGUGGAACAACACCAAAGCCAGGGAUAUCCAACGAGCUGGAGUCAUAGGGUUGGGCACCAUGGGGCGGGGCAUCGCCGUGUCCCUUGUUAAAGCAGGGAUCUCCGUAGUUGCCAUAGAGACUGAUGCGAAACACUUAGAGUCGGGUAAGAAGGCGGUGAAUGCCAUGCUGCAGAGAGAUGCUCAAAGACGAGGAGUCAGUCCUCCGUUACACCUCCUCACGUUCACUCUCUCCUUCCACCAUCUGCGGGAUGUGGAUCUGGUCAUUGAGGCUGUGUUUGAGGACAUGACCCUUAAGAAGCAUGUCUUUCGUGAUCUGUGUAAGGUGUUGAAGGUGAACACGUUAAUCUGCACUAACACGUCGGGGCUGAACGUGGACGAGCUCGCGGCAGUCACCGAUCGGCAGCCCCUGGUGGUCGGGAUGCAUUUCUUCGCCCCAGCUCAUGUCAUGAAGCUUCUGGAAGUUGUUUAUGGUUCCAGAUCAUCUCCUGAAGCUGUUGCCACAGCAAUGGCACUUGGAAGGAAAAUGGAAAAGGUGUGUGUUGCUGUGGGCAACUGCUCUGGGUUUGUGGGAAACCGCAUGUUGAAGUUUUAUCUGGAUCAGUCUGUAUACCUGUUGGAGGAAGGAGCCACACCUGAGCAAGUGGACCAGGCUCUUGAGGAGUUUGGAUUCGCCAUGGGCAUCUUCAAAGUGGGUGAUCUUUCUGGUUUGGAUGUUGGAUGGAGGAUUCGGAAGGCUUCUGGUUUGAUUGGACCUGACGUUGACCCGAUAAAGCCUUCACGAUGGCGGCAUGGACGGAGAUACUGUCCACUUCUUGACAUGCUCUGCCAACAGGGACGCUUUGGACAGAAAACAGGCCGUGGAUGGUACCUCUAUGAUUCUCCUGGGUCCAAAGAAGCAAGGCCUGAUCCAGAGAUCCGAAACUUCCUGGAGGAUUACAGGCGUAACUAUGGGAUCAUACCACGACGUAUCACCACACAGGAAGUGAUCGAGAGAUGUGCCUUCAUUUUAGCCAACGAGGGAUUUCGUAUCCUGGAGGACGGAAUAGCAGCGGGUCCGGAAGACAUCGACGUGAUCUAUUUGUUCGGAUAUGGAUGGCCGAGACAUCGCGGAGGUCCGAUGUUUUAUGCAUCUCAGGUCGGAUUGGCCAUCGUGCUGGAGAGACUGGAGCAUUAUCACCACGCUCAUCCCGACGUGCCGAGUCUGGAGCCCAGUCGCUUACUGAGGAGACUUGUGUCUGCGGGAAGUCCACCGAUACAGCAGUGGAAGAGUCACAUCAGGGCCCUGCACAGCCACCUGUAGACCAGCUGAUAAAACAUCACAGCAGUGUAGAGGAAAUCAUCCCUAAUGAUCACAGGUACACUGGUUAUAACCAGCCAAUAAUUACUAAUUAUCAGAAUAUCAGCUCCCUGGUGUUCUAGCACACAAAGAUGUAUUAACAAUAUUAAUAAUAAUAAUAAUAAUGAUGUGAUGAGUACACUGGGGUUAUUAGCUGAACAGAAAUAUUUCUAUUUUGGAGGAAACUACAGGCUUCUCCUCCACCCAGUUCAUUUUUGGUACCUUCUGCUUCCAUUUUUUUCAUCUGCUUGUUUUUGCUUUUGUUUUUUUCUGUUCUUCACUUUUUGCUUCUGAUUUGUUGUCAGAUUGUUGCCGGAUGUUCGGUAUGUCUCAAACUAAACAAAAUAACCAGUAAACUGUGAAUUUAUAGAAUUAAUAAUAAAUGAAUGAAUAAAAUUCUGUAAUAAA